AGCAUCGCGAACUUCGAACGGUUUCGGAGCUUGCCGCCGGCGUGCCGAGGGAGUUCAAAACUCUCUCCGGACCCGGGGACUCGGGUUCUAACAUUCCGGCCGACCAGCGGAGGGACCCCUACGCGGCGGCGGCGGCGGCAUGGCCUCCGAGUGCGUGACGUUCUCAACGCUGCCUCCCCGUAACUUCUCGGCGUUCAGCUCUCGGAGUAGUGGCACUCCCUGAGAAGCCUCGCAGAAGUUUAGUUUUCUCGUCUCUGGACAAUCGGGACGCGCUGUCACGCAAGCAUGGUUGAUGUACGCGUCUGUCAUUGGCUCGGGCCGAGGCUAAUCUGUGUGUUCCUCCAAGUCACCAUGCUCCUGUUCACUCUGGUCACGUCCGUUGCCGUGGGGAAACCCAAAGGUGGGUCCAUGGUGAUGCGCCCUGUCAACGUGACCUGCACCAUGGACGAGUUCGACGGCUGCAUGCGCAAGCUCAGCAGCAUCACGGAGUCCGAGGAGCUCUCCCUGGCCUCUUCCAGACAGGAGCUGGACAUCCUGUGCAGCAAGUGGAGGCAGGGUCACCGGUGCGUGGACGAACACAUGGCCCAUUGCUCGGACCGGCUCAAGCAGAUCCUGUACAACGACGUGGUACACGGCACCAGGCAGGUGAUGAACGAGCUCUGCAGCCCGGGAAGAAUGCAGAACGAUUACCUCCGGCUGGCACCAUGCUUUAAGAGCCUGUUUGUGGAAGGCGGCCGCUGCUCGCAGAAGUACAAGAGCAUGAUCCAGCUCUCCAAGGCGUCCACGGAUAUGACAGAAACAGCCAACAUCGAGGAAGGGCUUCGCAAAACUUGUUGUACGUUCAACGAGUACGUCCACUGCUACUACAAGCACAUGCCCGAGCUGUGCGGCGAAGAAGGCCGCGACUUUUUCCGCACCUACACGGAGAAGAUGUCGGGUCCGCUGAUUCACGAGCACUGCGCCUCGUACACGUACGACUCGACCUGCCAACGGGGGUCGUCGAGAGCGCCUCCAGUGACGCUCUCGGACGGCACGGGAGCGGUCCUGGUGAACCUCCUCUGGACCGUGGCAGCGGUGGAACUGUCCCGGCGUCUGUGCGCCUGAGGCGACUCGAACGUGGCCUCUCAAGAGUUACCGCGAGGUUAAUUUCUGGGCGGAUCCGACCCAAAAACGGUUCAUCGCUCGAGGACACUUUCUGGGACGGGAAACGAUCUGCGGACUUCCCUAAGAAUGGAAGAGUUUUGGUGUAUUCGGGUGUGACUUACAGGAGUCGUGGAAAAGUUCAGUUUCUAAUAUGGUCUUCCCUAAAAGAGAGAAAAAAAAUCGAAACCACGAAUUCAGUUGUUCAUAUCAAAAGAUACAUUUCAGAUCGUGAGAUAGGCCAAAUACACAUAAAGGAUGCCUUAUCUUCCAAUUGAACGACCCCCCAGCGCGUCCGCCAUCUUGUCUUCCUUGUAUCGGUAUUCUCGUUCAAAAACGAUGCUGACCUUGCCUUAGUCUCGGUCGACAUCGCUUAGUGCGAAACGUUCGCUACCGAUGUCACUGAAACUGACAGGCGGCGAUUUGAACGAGCGCGAGCCGGCACGCCGUCCUUGCAUUGAAACAUGCCUUUCUAGCGCAAGCGGUCGUGCCGUGAAAGCGUCUUCCGUAGCAGCGAUCAGGUUUCCGCCGCUCCGAAAGCUUAGGGCGAGAACGGCAGUCCUGUCUUCCGGAUACCCAGCUUCCGGCACGGGCUCUUUGCCUUCCGUCGUGCUCUGGUUGUGCGUGCAUGUUCUCGAGACGCAGAAGAGUCGUUGGCGCUAUCGUCAUUGACGGGACGAAAACGGCAGGAAGCUCCUCCAGUUGCCUUCCGCGCGAGCUUCUCACCUUUCUAACUCUUGGGUGUUUCGUGAAGCUCGCAGUGACGCAGAAGACAACGCGCGCUUUUUAGGGGCAGCGCAUCGAGACCAGACGCCCUGCCGUUCUCAUCUUGUCAGUUUUUAUGCGGAGAGAAAUUGAGGGAGAGGAGGACACGAGAGGGGGCGGGGACGCUGGAACACUGAGCUCUGGUUGGAAUGAUUUGAACUCACUGUUCGAACCUGUUCCCUCGAAACACUGCCGCUCGGCGUUCGAACGCGUUCGGAAAGUGAGUGGUAACAGAGGCAGCUAGCUUUGCGCCUACCUACUAAUCAUUCCAACCACACCGUGUUCCGACGUCCCGCCCCCUCUUGUGCCCUCCUUUCCCGCAAACGGCGCUGGAAGCGAAGACACCGAAGGAGCUCCAUUUCGUCUUUUACACGUGACAUACUUCCGGCCCGAACCCUCGCCAAAAACCAUGAUAGGGUGCUUUGCCCCAUGCGUUUAUAGACGCAGAAUACUUGUUUUUCGGCCCCCUCGACUUUUCUUGCUUUGUGAUCGACUGCGUCCGCCGGAGUAGUCUGUGACACACACGAGCAUCGGCUGGUACUUAACUCUGAGACAAACCGGUCUUUGUUCAAAGUUGACGAGAGCCUGCCCUCGAGAAGUCGGCUCCUCGGUUGUCAAAAUGUCCUCAGCAGAUGGGGUCUGGGCAUUUAUAUUCUCGAGCAUUUUGCGUUCUCUCGUCGGUUGAGUAACUCGCCGUGCUUCUACGUAUUACAAACACAAGCUAGGACAUUAUCGAAAAAUUGAUUACGUGGAAACGAAUAGUGUAAAAGCAUUAUCAUUCACUUCUUUUACCUGAAAUAAAAUUAUGUUGUGUCAA